GAAAGAUGGAUAAUCGUGAUAAAGCGGCCGGUCGGAAGCGACAACCAGAGGGAGCCAACAUUCCGGCGAACAAACGCUUCAAGUCAGCCGAGACCGUGUCUGCUUACUUGGGAGCCAUCACAAAUGAACUUUCAUCGAAUGGAACGGUCCAACAGCCGAUGAAAAUUCAUGACACGAGAUUUCAUCGGCGCAUGAAAGAGGAAAACAAGCAAGAAAAGCUGACAGACCUCAACGCUUAUUACAUCGAGCAUCUAAGCCUCACAGAUCUCUUGAAUGUUGCCAACUCCAACCAACAAUUGAAACCAGCGGCGGAUUUGGUGUUCAUGAGCCAUUUUGGGAAACGAUUCAUAAAAAUCGAUGUGGAUCGCAUGAAUUUGGGUAUCUCUGAGAAGCGCACAUAUUCGGUUACAACUGCAAUUCCAUGGUCGUUCCGUCUCAAGUUGCUUCGCUGCUUUGGACACUUGAUCACAAGAUUGAAGAUUGCGUAUAAACAUUCACAUGAGCCAUCACAAGAGGAUUCAAAACGUGCUGCACAAAUUGAUUGUAAUGUCAACAAAUACUGUGCUGAGUCACUGGUGGAAAUCGAGUUUGAAAAUUGCGCAGCACAUACGCUGAAUGAUCUGAAGAAGCCAUUCUCAACCGUUGAAUCAGUACAUUUUACUGACUGCGAGAUCGGAAGCAAGCUGUCCGAGCUCGAUAAAUGGUUUCCAAAGGUGCAACGCUUGGAAUUUUAUCGGACAAUCGGAACAUCAGAUGGUAACGACAUUGCUGUUCAUUUUGCUCAUCUUCAACAUUUGGGUCUAUAUUAUCCACCUGAUGAAAAGAUCUGUUUCAACGAACAAUAUUUUGUUGAACUCUUGCGCCUAAACCCGAACCUACGAAGCUUAUGUAUUGGUGGCUGCAUCGAUGCCAAGUACCUUCAGAGCGUUAGACAACAUCUACAGCAUCUGGAAAGCCUGGAUAUCUAUGCACAUGGACACUUCUCUGAUAUUGCAAACGAUACCGUGCACUUUCCAAAUGUGAAGAAGCUCACAUUACGAAAUGUGGUGCUUGAACAAUUUCCGCUGACAUUCAACGAACUCGAAUCUUUGGACGUUGUAUCAACUGCUAUGGACCGUCCAUUGGCCGAUUUCAUCAGCAAACACAAAACACUUACCAAGCUUACUUAUUUGGGUCGAAAACGCGGCAAAGAGGGCGUGCUAUCCGAGAUUUCUUCGCCAGCAUUAGUUGAAGUCGAUUUUGGACAUUGCAUUUUUCCGAUCGAUGAAGUGAUCUCGUUCAUGGACAUAUGCACAUCGCUAAAGAAGCUCAC